UGCAGCAGCUUCAGAGAAUUCGGAUUUGAUGGCUUCACAAAAACGCUCCUCUUUCCGGCACGGAUCAAAACUGGCAUCUGCGAGCACUAUAGACCAUGCCAGACAUGGAUCCCCACGGCACAGAGACUCGGGUCUACUUGACUCGCUGGGCAGAUUCUUUGGAGGUGAAAGACACGUUCCCCGGCGGGGCUCGGGCAAGGACAUACAUGCAGCCAGGGUCAGCCACCACGUCGGGUCCAUGCCCCCAAGAUCUCAGCAUGGCCGGCCCAUUGAUGACAACCCUGUAGUCCACUUCUUCAAGAACAUUGUCUCACCCCGUACACCUCCCCCAAUGCAAGCAAAGGGUGGUGAAACACACAAGCCGGGAUAUGGAAGUGGAAAAUUCUACGAGCAUAAAUCUGCUCACAAGGGACACAAGGGAUCCUAUCAUGAGGGCCAGGGCACUCUUUCCAGAAUCUUUAAACUGGGAGGCUCUGGGUCCCGACCUGGAUCGCGGUCUGGUUCCCCCAUUGCUAGGCGCUGAAGCUCCAAGAUGAUAUCCAAGGAUCAUGUACUCUGCUUCAUAAUAUAACUGCCUUAAAAUUAGUAA